AAGAGACCCCAAGGCGUCGGCGUCGUCGUGGCCCGGCGUCGCCCGUGAGCGGCGGCCUCUCUGUAGCCGGAGCUGAGCCUCUCAAAACUCCUGACGUGGUGCGUCAUGUGGUGUCGCGCCUCACGCCCCCAACCAGCCCGCCCACCCAUCCGCCCGCCCAGCCCUCGCCGCCGCCCACACGCCGCCACCCGUCCCCACAGCCCACUGCCCCAGCCCAUACUUUCCAGCCCAUCCAGCCAGCCCUACCCCACGACACAACACACUCGGCGCCCUCCACUCUCGACUCACGCUCAAGGUUUGCACAAGAAGGUGAGUCUCGGUCCACUGAAACUCGCCGAGUGAACAGCUCUCUCGGGGAACGCUCCGAGACUGAAGAAGGGACGGUGCGGAAGGUGCCGCCCAAACUAGCACCGCUGCGGAAACCUGAAAUCCCUGAUGUACUGCGGCCUAAAGAUACGACUGGACUAGCUUCCCCAGGGGUGGUCAACACUCCCCCUAACUCCAGGCCAUCAUCUGUGGUGCUCGAGAAGCCACCACUAGCCCCUGAAGGACUGAGACCCGCUAAUAUUCGUUCAUCUCUCAGGAAGCCUAACGAUACUGGCACAUGUUUUAUGGCAGCUCGUCGGGAGAAGCGUGACGAAACGAAACCCGAGAACAUCUUCCGAGAACUUCAACAACGACCCAGGAAGGGAGAUAGACUCUCAAAAUCAGACAUGAAUUUGAAAAUUGAGUCCAGUUACUCUGGGAAGCAGAGUGAUCCAUUAACCCCUGGAGGUUCAGAUCUUGAGGCUUCUGGAGCCUCUUCUUCACCAACAGCGUCAACACCUGGCGCCACCAUCAACUCUGAAGAAGUUAUGAGUAGUCGCUUGGAGGCGCUCACAGCUCGAGCAAGAGAGACCAUGGAGCGGGUGGACCGUCUUGCUGAUGACAGUCCACCACCACCUCCAGAGUCCAGCCCACCCGAGGACAGUGCUGACAGUGUAGUUCACGAGUGUGAGGAAUAUCUUACCGUGAAUGCUAACCGGAAAGACUCCAGCGGUAGUGUUCGGCCUCGAGAUAUUAGUAUAGCUGAUACACGCAGUGACAGGCUACAGGCUCCAACUGCCAUGAAGGGUGUUAUUUCAGACACGGGUCAGAAAAACUGGGUCGGGGGCUCUGAAGGACGUGGUAAAGAAAGUAAGCGGUUGGCUAUGGAAAAAGAAAUGAACAGAGAUGUUAAACGUGAUGUUAGCCAAGUAGCAGUGCAAGAAAAAGUUACUGCUGCCUCCGCUGUACCUUCAGGGCCCCCGGAUCAUGGUGCCUUUAACAAUGACAGUGCAAAUCCUCCUCCUGAAGAAGUAGUACAUGGUCUUCAGCAUGAAGGAUAUGAAGAUGAAGAUCUUUGUUCUCCCGACUCAUCACAAAUAAGAAGUCCUGAACAUCAUAGUAACAAACGUGGUUCAAGACGUUGUUCGCUAGAUGAAGAUUCUCCACGAACUAACUCUCCCGAUCCACAGUCUAUACUCAAGCACCGCUCUUCCCGUGAGGAUGUUACAAUCGAUCGUCCUACGACACCAGAACCACAUAGCAUACUAAAACGUAAAACGAGUUCCCGCACAUCAAGUAUAGAUACGGUAGAAGGCGAGCCAAGGCCUAUCCUAAAAAAGAAGAGUAGCAUAGAAGAGCUUGAUCACUUUGAACCAAGACCUAUAUUGAAGAAAAAAUCGUCCACCGAUGACGAGCUUGACGAUAGACCUCGCUCAAUCCUUAAGGGUGGACGCAGUAGAGAGGACCUUGAUCGUGCAGAAGGUGUCAUAUCACCAAACCCUAUCCUCAAAAGGUCACCUCGUUGUGAUAGUGAAGGAGAAGGGGAGUUACGACCAAUUUUAAAGAGGCGGGACACAACUGAUGGUGUAAGACUCAGACUUCAUGUGUCUGAUGGGGAAGAUGUGGAUGGUGAAGUGCCUAGUGUGAGAGUAAGAAGUGACUCUGCCCCUGAGGCUGUGAUACGUAUAAGAGGGCGCUCUCCUCCUGCACCAUCCGCUACUCCCUCGCAUGGAAUUUUAAAGAAACGUGGAGCACAUUCACCGGGCCGUUUUGAUCAGAUGGACAGUGAACUGGGAGCCAUCCUGCGUUCUCGUAGAUCAUUAGGUCCUGAUGAAAAAGACAUGGAGAACGAUGCAUCAAAUCGGCCUGUUAGUCCAUCCCUUGGGGCACUGAUAAAGAAAGAAGAAUCAUCUGUCAGAUCAAGUGAGCGGCCACUGAGUGUAGCUGAGAGAGUUGCUGGCAUGGAAGCAGCACGACAGGAACCUCUUCCCCCACAACGCUCCCCGACUCCUACCCGAAGCCCUGGCGCUAGGCCCAAGGUUAUGCCGUCCUUCCUUGACCGUUCUCCGACACCCACUGACAAGGAGAGGGAUACUCGAAGAAACAGUGCCUUUGGCCUGGUAGCGGAUUCCUCACCUGCUGACAGUGUAGAAGCCAUUAAUGAAGCAUUUUUGGACCGUCCAGUAGUUGAAGCUUUCAACUGUGCCAUGUCUCCUGGCUGUGACAUCACCCCAGACACCCCUUCUUCAGUAUCACAAAAAGCUGCCUUCUUUGCACAAUUGGAGCGUGAACAGAAGAGUGUGCCUGACAGUGCUCCUGCUGUUCCCAGUCGUAGUGCUCGUUUCACCAGCAGAAGAGACCGGGGAACCAGGCAUGCAACACAGCCUGUAACAGAUGAUGAGGUGAGCCAAGCUGCAAGGCUGGCUGAUGCUUCAGAUUCUGCUUCAGCCUCUCAUGAUUCAGAUUCAGCCCCACCACGUAGAGGCUCACUGCCAUGGAAGAGUGGCACACAAGGAGAGACUAGUAGCAGUCAAAACAGCACAGACAAGAGUAGCAGCAGUAAAAGUGUGGGUGCCCGUGUGGCCCUCUGGACAAAGAGACUGGAUGACGAGCGUAGAGCAGUUCCACCUCUUGAUGGUGCCCAGGGCAUACGACGUCGUUCCCGUUCUGCACGCUUCAAGACACAGCCGGUGACACUGGAGGAGGUGGCCCAUGCACAUGCCCUUAACAGCCAGGCCGUCAGCACCCCCACAGGAACCCCUGAGGAACAGGAACUAGCGAGUGGUUUCCGUGCUGCUCGUGAUGCUGUGUUAAGGAAUGCUGCAGAGGUGAUGCAGGGUCUGACUCCUGGCUCUUCACCAAGACGACGUCCUGGGAGUAGAAAGACUUCACUCAAUGAGCCUGAUGAGGAAUAUUCUUCAGAUCCAGUACGAGGUAUCUUGAAACGUGACGGUUGCGGAGGGUCACGAGAGGCCCAGCGAGACAGUCCUCGAUCUAUCCUCAAGCAUUCUUCAUGUGACUCUCGUCGUGCCUCCUUCUCUGAGUCUGAACACCCGAGGGGAAUACUGAAAUCUGACAGUCCAUUGCCUCCUUCUAUUGGCUCUCCAGAACAUGAUGCUAAGCUGCUCAGAGGAGUACUAAAGAAAGACUCUAGCUUAGAAGACUCCAAGGAAAUUAAGUCGAUACUAAAGCCUGAGUCUGAGUGCCUAGAACCAGACCAUUCAUCUGAUUCAUCCUCAGAUGAUGUGACCCUCACUACAGCCAACACACCACAAGGACCAGAGUGUGAUAUAGCUGAAUCCAUCCGGGACAUUGAUCCCAUCCGACACAAGGAUGAUACGCACAAGAGUGACACCCCACACAAGGUUGAUCCCUUCAAGACUGAGCAUCACCGGGCAGAUCUUGCAGACGCAUUAAGGCAAGUUGAACCAAUCAAAUCAAAGGAUGAUCUCGCUGAAGCUCUGAGACAGAUUGAACCAAUCCAUUCUAAGGAGCGAAGUAGAGAAAAGGAAGACAAAGGGAAGGACGAGACACAGAUAACCAGCGUCAGAGAAAUCUCUUCUUUCACUAAGGCGACAUCAAGUAUGGCAACCAUGGUGGUGACAGCAGCAAAUGUAUCAUCACCAUCUUCGGCAGCUACAACAAACUCUUCAUCAUCAACAUCUGAGAGUGAACACAAAGUGAUCAAGAAUGAAGCUGUCAUGAGACGAAGGACUGCCCAUUCAAGAAGAUAUGAUGAGAGGCGGAGUAUGGUGGAGUUGCGCAGCCUGGAGCAACAGGUUGGUGAUGGGGCCGUCGACGUCUCCGUCUUCCACCAUGACACCAGCGAGUCCUCUUCCUCCUCCUCUUCUGACUCCGCCGAAGGACUCCUAAGGACUUCCCGGACCGCCCACCAGAGGUCCUCCUACAUCAGCAGCACCGAGAUGGACGCCUCCCAGAUUCUACAGCAGUCGCCUCUCUUCAAGGGCAAGUCAUCGUCCUCAUCGUCUUCGUCUCCCGAGCAGACCAGGGUAGAGAGGACCGAGACGAGAAGCUCUUCCCCGGCCACUUCCACCAUCAACGCCAGGCUUGCAGCGCUACAGAAGAGUGGAGAAGAUGGCUGGAAGAACCGUGUUAAGAAAGAGAGCAAAGAUGUCAACUCCAAUGUCACACUCAGACCUAAGCCUGCAGGAAAUAUACGGGAAAGACCCGUUAGUCUCAUGGAAAGGAUGUCUGCUCUGGAGACAUCAUCACAGCAGUGGCGAGGUCGUAUCACACAUUCUGAUGCCACAAAGUUCACUGUGGCACAUAAGAUGGCUUCAUCAUCUACAUCAUCAGUCCCAUCGGUUGUCAGUGGGACUAGUCCACUCAUCACUGUGACCCCAGAACAACUGUCCACUCCCACAGGAAGUCCUCUUAUAGAGCGUAAAAAGAGGUCACCAUGCCAGAAAGUCUUCAAAAGCAAGACUGGAGGAAACCUUCCAUCACUGCUAAAUAAAUCUAGCCCAUUAACUCCACGAAAGGACUUCAGACGUAGUAUUUCCACACCAAAUGAUGGAGAAAAGAAAGGUGAAACCCCAGAAGGUACAAGUGUAUCUGUACCUCGGGCUGAUGAUGAAUCAUUUAAUGCCUUCUUUAGUCGCACCUCCUACGACCCAUCACAACUGCCAGAAAUUGAACUACCAACCUUAGAAGAUGCAGAUUUUGACCAUAUCUCUGAAACUGUAUCCCAGCUUAGACAGCUGGAGGAUGAUGACUUUGUGGUAAAGCGGCGCAGUGUACGUGUAACUCGUCGUCAAGUGGCAUCACGUAAUCCGCUGAAAGCUCUGGCUGCUCGUGAAGAUCUCAAGUCAGAAUACACUGAAGUCAAGAUGGGUGUUGGUGAAAGGGAGUUACGGAGGAUGAAGGUGGAAGAACUUUCCAAAGGCUCACCAAUGGCAGUUGAAGCACUAGCAGGAUUGGCCUCGAGGGAAAAUUUCUCGGCUGUUGCUCUAAAGAAAGUUGAAAGCACACCUGUAGUACGAGAAAUGGCUCCCUACACCUCCCUAAUGCUUCUGCAAGUCAAAGGCCGGCGUCAUGCUCAAACGCGAUUAGUUGAACCUAAAGUGACCAGUGUUAACCAGGGAGAUGACUUCAUCCUAAUAACACCCACAGAUGUAUAUCAUUACAAGGGUGAGUUUGCCAAUGUCAUUGAAAGAGCCAAAGCUGCUGAGAUUGCCCAGUACAUCUUGCAGAAGAAAGAUAUGGGCAUUACUUCAUCAAAAAAUCUUAUUGAACUUGAUGAAAAUUCUCCAAGUGGAAGAAAAUCAAAAUUCUGGAAGCUACUUGGUGGUGAUGAAACAAGUGAAGCUGUAUUAGGGGGCACACCUGAUGAGGAUGAAUAUGUGGAGGCUGCACUGGUGGCUGCCAACAAAAUCUAUGAGGUCCAGGACGACUCACUUGUGCCAAUUCCUGAUUCCUGGGGACAAAUGCCGAAAAUAGAACUUCUUUCAUCUGAUAAGGUUUUAGUGUUUGACUUUGGCCCCGAGUUGUACAUAUGGGCAGGUAAGCGUGCCUGUGGUGAUGAACGAAAAGUUGGAGUGGUAUUAGGUCGAGAAUUAUGGGAAGAACACUAUGAUUACUCUGAGUGUGACAUCAAUCCCAUUACACCUAUGACUCCAAUUUCAAAAGCAAAGAUGAAAGGUACUCGACCAGAAUGGGGCCUGUGUGCCAAGCUCACAGAAAAUGUUGAAACGAUUCUCUUCAAAGAAAAAUUUAUAGACUGGCCUGAUCUAGCACAGCAGUCAAGAAUUAAGGAGGUGAAAAAGGAGCUUGAUCGCCAUGUAGCUCCUGUUUGUGAACUACAACCCUGUGAUGCCAAAAUGAUGCUGGAAGAUUUGCCACUAGAACCUGACCUGGUGCUGGAAAUGAGCCACUUGGGUCGUGGGGUGGAAUACUACGAUGAGGAGGAGCGACGCCUCUUGAGCAUCUCAACGAAUGACUUCAAGGUCUGGCAUGUGUCAGAAUAUGGCAAAGUGCUAAUGGAUGUAACCUUGCAAAGGCACCUGUAUGCUGGUGAUACAUACGUUGUGCGCUGGUAUUACCUGGUCACAGCCACCGGCAGAACUCUAAAGGGCGAGCCAUCAAAGCACAAUGUAACGGGUAGAACGCGAGUUGCCUAUUUCUUCUGGCAGGGGCGAGAGAGCUCUGUGUCAGAUAAAGGUGUGUCUGCUCUUAUGACUGUAGAAUUAGAUGAAGAACGUGGCCCUCAUGUACGAGUCUCUAUGGGAUUGGAACCACCAGCUUUCCUUAACCUAUUUCAAGGAGGCCUUGUGGUACACCAGGGACGGCAGGAAGAUGACCACACACACAAACACUGGAAAUUAUUUAUAGUCAGAGGAGAGAAUGAAAAUGAAGGACAUUUAGUGGAGAUUGAAGUGAGUUCAACACACUUGAGGUCCCGAGGUUGCCUAAUAUUAGCCGAUAUACAAGCAGGUGUCAUCCACUUAUGGCAUGGUGCCAAGUCUUUGAAACACACACGCAAGGUUGCCAACGUGACAGCCCAGAAGCUCUCUGAAACCACAAAUGUUGAAAUGGGUUGGGAAGAGGAUACCACAAUAAAGAUCAAGGAACAGUUUGAGGGCGCUGAAUCUCGAGAUUUUUGGGAAGGUUUUGGUGGCUCAUCCUCCAAAAACAAACAUUUUUCACUCCUUGAAGACGACCAUUCAUAUGAUUUUACACCACGUAUAUGGCAUUUAGAACCUACCCAUGACUCAUUCCAAGCCACAGAGGUGAUCUGCAGCUACCGGGCCACAUCCUUACCAAACCCACUACCUGUCUUGCAGCUUGACCUGUACUCUGUACCACAGCCAGCACUAUUUAUGGUGGAUGGUGGUCACCAAGUGUGGGUGUGGCAAGGUUGGUGGCCUGAUGAGACUUCAGAAGGAGAGGACUUCAGUGCAACAGGUUCUGCUGUGUUACGCUUCAACUUUGCUCGCCGUGCUGGUUUACAAACAGCACUGAACUACUGCAAGACCAAGGCCAAAAGUCAAGCUAAGGCAUUGGCAGCAAGAAGUUAUAAAAAGAUCGAGGUCAAAGUUGAAGUGGUUGAACCUCAGCUUGUGGUUGCAGGGCUGGAGCCACUAGAAUUCACCAACACAUUUCCCACGUGGACACCUAGACCUGAUGUCACCGCCAUCCAAGAAAAGGAGGGACGGUGGAAACAAGACGGCCAAUACAUGGUGUCUGACAUCUUAGCCCAGCUCUCCCGUACUAGUUACUCCCUAGCUGAGCUAACCAUUAAGCCAUUACCUGAUGGUGUUGAUCCUCUCCAUCUUGAGGUCUACCUCAGUGAAGAGGAAUUUACAGAAGCUCUUGGCAUGAACCGUGAGGAAUUUUACUGCCUACAGAACUGGAAACAGACGGAAAUUAAGAAGAAAGCAAAGUUAUUCUAAUACAACUAGAUGAGCCAUAUUUAAAGCAGUCUAAAAUAUUGUUAUCAAGAGUGAAUCUCGUGUCAGGGGCAGUCAUUUAUGGAAUAAAAUGGGGAGGUUAUUGGUAAUAAUUGCCAUCAUUUCAUUAUAAAAAUUACAUAGUAAAUUUUUUAAAGUGAAGCUGAUUUAAAAAAAAAAAAGAAAUUGUACAUAAAUUUGUGUAAAGUAUAAUAUAAUCUCAAGCUUGGAAAUUUGUUUCCCUUUCGAACAGUUUUAAUAUGGUCCAGAGCUUUAACCUUUUUUAUGUAUAUAUGGUGUGAUACAAUGUGGUGAAUAUUUUACACUGACACGAUUGUGCUGCUCUUCCAUUUCAAUUAUAAUAUGUAUACUAAAAUUAAUGUCUGUAGUCUGGUGAACACAUUCAGCCUUCAGUUGUAAAUGAAAAAUUUAUUUUGCAUAAGGCUUGUGUGGCUAUAAGAGUCGGUGUCCAUGGGUGUUGAGGAAGAUUCACAUCCAUCCCAUCCCCUCUCCUUUCACCGAUGGCAACUGUUCUACGUGCCUUUUCACAUGCUAGCCUGCAUUUGUCUGCCAAAUCUUAGUGUCUUCUGCAUAUUGUAACUAAGGUGUCAAAGUUUUUUAUCUAUUUUUGGCACCCCCCUCCAGGUACCUCCAGGCAACAGUCACCUCCAGUAGUGGCCUGAGUUAUUCAAGCCAGCCUUACUAAGGACAUUCUGGUGUUGAUGGUAGUCCUGCAGACAUAAAGUAACACAGUCCUAGAUAGGGCCCAACUGCCCACUCAAGUGUUACUUGAGGUGAUGCCUGUGCCUUGCAAUUAUCUUGGUUCUCCUUUAUGAUUUUCACAUAUGACCGCUCUCCAGUAGUCAAACCAACGCGAGUCUAGUCCCAAUCCUGGUAAACGAGAUAUACGAGGUCACACAUCUGAAUUCUGAAUUUAUUAAACCUUCACUGAAUUAAUGACACUUUACCUGUUUACAAAAAAUUUACAGUUGCAAGCUAAUCCCUUGAAUGCUCUGCUGAAUUUAGAAUUCAGAUUUAGGUGAAAAAGUGUGGAACUUUCCUCUUCCUGUUGCUGUAAUAGUCAGAAAGAGGAGGUACGCAUGUAUGGAAUCCUGUGGCCUCUUUGCUUAAGGAGUUUGUACAUAAAAUGAUGCAUUUUGUAUCCUAUAUUAUGCUGACCUUUAUGGAUAUAUUAAAUCUCUUAUUGCUAUUGCAAAUGGUUAUACUAUAAUCAUGUAAAUAUGAAGAGCCUCUUUUGUAAUUUUGCUACUUUGUGACAUGUACAGACCAUUUCCCAUUUGGUGCCAGCAUGUUAAUUGUCCCUCUGGCACUAUUAAGCUUAUAGAUAUUUGUAAUGUUAGGUUAGUGAUUCUCAUGUGUGCAACUCUGCUUGGUUUUGUGAUAUCAUUCAUCCUAAAUGAAACCAAGUGAAGAGGUGUUGUUGUAUAAGUUCCACUAAAUUUUACAAUGGGGUUCAAUUGGCGGUUUUAGCUUUAUAUGCAA